GAGACUUCCGCCCGCAGUUGUGCGGCCGUUCGGGGCCCCUCCGGCGGCGAUCGAGGCCGAGGGCCCGGUGGGGCGGGGCGGGGCGGGGCGGGUCCGGUCCCGGACGGGGUCCCGGCGCCAUGGAGUUCGCGGAGCUGAUCAAGACGCCCCGUGCGGACAACGUGGUGCUGCACCGGCCGCUGUACCCGGCGGUGGAGGGGACCCUGUGCCUCACCGGACACCACCUCAUCCUCUCCUCCCGCCAGGACAACACCGAGGAGCUCUGGCUGCUCCACGCCAACAUCGACUCCAUCGACAAGCGGUUCGUGGGGUCCCUGGGCACCAUCGUGGUCAAGUGCAAAGACCUGCGCGUCAUCCGGCUGGACGUCCCCGGCAUGGACGAGUGUCUGAACAUCGCCAGCUCCAUCGAGGCGCUGUCCACGCUGGGCUCGGUCACCCUGAUGUACCCCUUCUUCUACCGGCCCAUGUUCGAGGUCGGGGAGGACGGCUGGCAGGCUUUCCUGCCCCAGCAGGAGUUUGAGCGCGUCUCUUCCGUCACCGGCGAUUGGCGGCUGAGCCACGUGAACAAGGACUUCUCGGUGUGCCCCUCCUACCCGGCCCUGGUCACCGUGCCCGCCGCCGUGGACGACGAGGCCCUCCGCAAGGCGGCCCAGUUCCGCCACGGUGGGCGCUUCCCGGUGCUCAGCUACUAUCACAAGAAGAACGGGAUGGUGAUGAUGCGGAGCGGCCAGCCCCUGACCGGCACCAACGGGCGGCGCUGCAAGGAAGACGAGAAGCUGGUCAACGCCACCCUGCGCCCGGGCAAGCGCGGCUACAUCAUCGACACGCGCGCCCUGAACGUGGCCCAGCAGGCCCGCGCUAAAGGCGGCGGCUUCGAGCAGGAGGCCCACUACCCCCAGUGGCGCCGCAUCCACAAGGCCGUCGAGCGGUACCCCAUCCUCCAGGAGAGCCUGAUCAAGCUGGUGGAAGCCUGUAACGACCAGUCCCACAACAUGGACCGCUGGCUCAGCAAGCUGGAGGCCUCCAACUGGCUCACGCACGUCAAGGAGAUCCUGACCACGGCCUGCCUGGCCGCCCAGUGCCUCGACAGGGAGGGGGCGUCCGUGCUGGUCCACGGGACGGAGGGGACGGACUCCACCCUGCAGGUGACCUCGCUGGCCCAGAUCCUCCUGGACCCCCGCUGCCGGACCCUGCGCGGCUUCCAGGCCCUGGUGGAGCGCGAGUGGCUGCAGGCCGGGCACCCGUUCCAGCAGCGCUGCGCCCAGGGGGCCUACGCCAGCGGCAAGCAGAAGUGGGAGGCGCCCGUGUUCUUCCUGUUCCUGGACUGCGUGUGGCAGGUCCUGCGCCAGUUCCCCUGCUCCUUCGAGUUCACCGAGCACUUCCUCAUCCUGCUCCUGGAGCACGCCUACGCCUCCCAGUUCGGGACCUUCCUGGGCAACAACCAGAGCGAGAGGUCCAAGCUGAAGCUGCCGCAGAAGACCAUGUCCCUGUGGUCCUGGGUCAAUCGGCCCGCCGAGCUGGCCAAGUUCACCAACCCCCUGUUCGAGGCCAACGGCCUGGUCAUCUGGCCGUCGGUCGCCCCGCAGAGCCUCCAACUCUGGGAAGGGGUGUUCCUGCGCUGGACCCGGUCCUCCAAGUACCUGGACGAAGCCUCCGACGAGAUGGUUGCCAUCAUCCAGUACAACAAGGAGCUGCAGGCCAAGGUCAACGCCCUGCGCCGGCAACUGGCCCAGCUGGAGACAGAGGACAAGGUGCGGGAGAGCCCCUGAGAUGCCUCCCCCGGCCCCCGCCCCCCUCCCCGGCCUCUCCCCGCCCCCUCACCCUCACACUAAGUCGCCGGGGGCCGCACGGCCCCUCGGCCGGAUCGGAUCUCCCCGCGCGGAGCCCACGACACGUGCAGCGGCUCUCCCCCCCGCCGCCGCGGGUCUCCCCCCUGCUCCGAGGGGGCGGGGGCGUGCCGUCCGGGUGUCCGGGGGGCCGGGGCCGGCCUCCCGAACCCGGCCCAGUCGGAACCGGGGGAUCCGGGCCCUGGGUUUCCGCGCCCCUCCCUCUCCUGGGGUCUGGAAGCCGAACCGGCACCGGGCCCGGCUCCGGCCCGCUGCUUCCCUCCGCCCCGUGCCCUCCCCUCCCUCCCCGAGCUGUGGGCAGGAAACCCGGCAUCCUGGGGAGCCUCUGCCGUCCUCAGGGGCCAAGCGAGGGCCCUGUGGGGGCCACGUAGGUAAGGGAACGCCUGCCCGGAAUACCUGCCCAUGGAGAAAGGGGGAUGGCGUCUGUCUGGGCCGACACUACUGUGGGCAGCGGAAGAAGAGGAGGGGGGAAGGGGAGAAGGCUGGGGGCCGGCCGCUCGCCGUCUUCCCUCCCGCUUACCCGGCUCCUCCUGCCUCUUCCAUCCACCUGUGGCUCCGGGCUGGGAGGGAUCGGAGAAGGAGAGGACUCCGGCCCCUCCGUGCUCGGCCGGGCGUGAGACGGAGGUGGCAGCGGGUCCCACGUCGCCCCGGGUGCUCCCGCGGCAGGAAGAGCGAGGUCCGGGCCUUCGGCCCGGUCUCCCGUCCACCCGGGCCUCCGAGGGGUUGACCAGACGAGCCGGGGGAUGGGGUGGCCUAGGGCGCUGGGAAAAGAGGGUGCUGCCAUACCAUCGCUGCUCGGCGGAGGGUGAGGGGCAAACAAGCAAAAGGUCGAGUGGACGGGCCCUUCGGCAGCUGCCUAGAGAGGCUCCGCGGCGGCCUCCCGGGUCCCCCCCCCCGCGGAGACACUAAAUGUUGUACACGUUUACACCCUGGGGUCCACCCAGGCGCCCGGGGCCUCGUUGGAGGGGAGGGAGAGGAAAGGACCUGGUGCCUGGAUGGAGGGGAGGGUCCCGGGACCUGCGCCAGCCUCUGGGAGGGGCGAGAGGACGAGGGCAGCACCCCCUCCCCCUCCUUCCCACCGAGGAUCCCAACUGGCCCCUGCCCCAGCCCCCACGGUGCCGGGGUCCUGCCCGAUUCCACAGCUGGGCGCCCCGGGGCCUGGGCUCGGAGGAGCCCCCGCCGCCGGAGGGAGCGGGACCGGGAGUCGGAGGGGGGGGUUUGACGGAAAGGCGGCACCCGGCCGGGGUCCACCCUCCCUUAGCUGGCCGGCUCCGGCCGUGCGCUUCUGGUGGGGGCGGGGGGAGAAGGGUGGGGGCGGGAGGGCCCAACCUACCCCGGGAGCUGAAGGACGAACAAGCAGAUGGGCCCCGGUUUUGCCUGGUGGGAGGUCAGUCCCGUCCAUCUGCCCAUCUGGGUGCGUCUGCUUGUCCGUCCGUCGCCCUCCCCGCUCUCUCCGUGGGGGAGGGAGCGGGUGUCCUGGAGCUCUAACCUCCAGGGCCCCGCGGGCUGUGCCGUUCCACGUCCCGCCCGGUCUGGGGUGGUUCCCUCCCUUUGCCCCACGGCGACUUCCCACCUGUCCGUCCCCACCCCCUCAGCCCCGACCCACUGGCGAUGGGGGAAGCUCUCCUGACCCCCCCCCCCCCCCCCCCCUUGCCCCUAUACCCCAAACCCGAGAAUGGAUUCCAGGGAGCGAGCGGGGGCCGAGAGACCCGAGUCGGGGGGGCCCGAGGGGGCCGUGCCCCGCCUCCUGCCCAGCGUAGGGGACGUCCGUCCUCUGGGGCGACCUGGGCGUUGGCGUGGUUGGGCUCCGAUGGCUUGUCCGCGUGUGCGUGUCCCUCCUCCCCCGGCGGACGAGGGGGCGGCGGUCCCCGAGCGGUCAGCUCCCCGGCGCUUCUGAGCGGUGAGGCGCCGGGCCGUGACCCCCUGCUCCCCAGUGCACUGUUGUCCACGUGGCGUGUAAUAAACGUGCCCCGAUAGAGGGCUGUGACGUGUC